AGUUAACUAUGAACAACAUGCCUUGUCGGCAAUGGCAACGUGUCCUGUCUCCUUUCAGGAACCUGCCGGCGUUUCUGUUUUUUCUUCUUGUUCUUUACUGUUUCUGCGAAAGCAUGGCUGAAGCUGGAGGGGAACAACUUUCCAAGAGGUAAGUGAUUGAUGACGAUGAUGAUGCUGAGGCCAUUGCAGCAGAUUAUUGUAAACAUUCACAAUGGGGCCUCUAAAACCCACAUGGUUCGCCUCUUGUCUGGAUCUCAGAGUUUAAUGAAUAACGGUGAGUUAAAGAGGCGGCUGAAAGCUGAGCAAAAGGCCAAAGAAAAGGCUGAAAAGGAACUGGCAAAAGCAGCUGAAAAAGAAAAAGACGGUCAUGGUCAUAGUGAGAAAAAGAAAGACCUCAAUGCUGAAGAAGAAAUCAGUCCAAAUGAAUAUUUCAAGCUGCGAAGUAACGCAGUGGCCCAGCUCAAGCUAGGAAAGGAACAUCCGUACCCCCACAAGUUCAAUGUGACAAUAUCAUUGGAGGACUUUAUUGAUAAAUACAGCAGUUUAGAACCUGGCCAGAUUCUCGAGGAUGUGACCUUGCACGUUGCGGGACGUAUCCACUCAAUUAGGGUAUCAGGAGCAAAGCUGAUCUUUUACGAUGUGCGAGGCGAAGGGGUCAAGAUCCAGGUGAUGGCAAAUGCGAGGCUAUAUCGUUCUGAGGCAGAAUACGAGACGGACACAGACAAGCUGCGGCGUGGCGAUAUCGUUGGUUGUAUCGGUCACCCUGGCAAGACCAAAAAGGGAGAACUAUCUGUCAUGCCCAAGAAGAUAGAGUUGCUCUCACCCUGUUUACACAUGCUUCCCCAUCUCCAUUAUGGCCUGAAAGAUAAGGAGACGCGGUACAGGCAGAGGUACCUGGAUCUGAUCCUCAACGAGAAGGUUCGCCAGAAGUUUAUCACAAGGGCCAAGGUCAUCGCUUACGUUCGACACUUCCUAGACUCCCACGGGUUCCUAGAAGUGGAGACUCCGAUGAUGAACAUGAUUGCGGGCGGUGCCACAGCAAAACCAUUUGUCACUCACCACAAUGAGCUCAACCUGGAUCUUUUCAUGAGGGUGGCUCCUGAACUUUACCUCAAGAUGUUGGUAGUGGGAGGUAUCGACCGAGUAUACGAGAUCGGCCGUCAGUUCAGAAACGAAGGUAUUGACCUGACGCAUAAUCCAGAGUUCACAACCUGCGAGUUCUACAUGGCUUACGCGGACUAUAACGACCUCAUGACAAUCACCGAGAGUUUGAUGUCUGGUCUGGUGAAGAGUGUCCACGGCUCGUACAAGGUGACCUACCAUCCAGAGGGUGAGGAAGGGGAGGCGUUUGUGAUUGACUUUACGCCACCGUUCCGCCGCAUCCACAUGUUUCCUGCACUUGAGGAGAUAUUAAAGGUGAAACUUCCUGCCCCGGACCAGUUGUCCACACCUGAGGCCAACAAGCUGCUGUCUGACCUCUGUGAGAAGCACCAGGUUGAGUGCCCACCCCCAAGGACUUCCGCUAGGCUUCUAGACAAGUUGGUCGGAGAGUUCUUGGAGGAGCAGUGUGUGAACCCUACAUUCAUCUGUGACCACCCUCAAGUGAUGAGUCCGUUGGCCAAGUACCACAGGUCCAUCCCCGGCCUUACCGAGAGGUUCGAGUUGUUCGUCAUGAAGAAGGAGGUAUGCAAUGCAUACACAGAGUUGAAUGACCCGGCGGUGCAGAGGGAACGCUUCGAACAACAAGCUAAGGACAAAGCUGCCGGAGACGAUGAAGCCCAGCUGAUAGAUGAGAACUUCUGCACAUCCCUAGAGUACGGCUUGCCUCCCACAGGGGGGUGGGGUUUGGGUAUUGACCGACUCACUAUGUUCCUCACUGACUCCAACAACAUCAAGGAAGUGCUGUUUUUCCCUGCCAUGAAACCAGAUGACAACAGGACAAAGGAAGAGGAUGGAAAACUUAACCCUCUGUCAACGUAGCAGUCAUUUUCUGAAUAAACAAAUUAAAACUGU